AUGAGGAACAUCCGCCUUGCGUUCCGAGUCGCUGAAAUGAUUCCUCGCCGAGGGGUAUCGCUGACUGGUGGGAAGUUCAGCCCCCGUGGUCGCAUAUUGUCAAAAUAUGCACCGAACGGAAGACGUGGGCUUAACACCAGCUCUCGCCAGUCGUCCAAUGUCUCAGACACCACAAAGAAACUGAUAGAGUCCAAGAUAUCACUCGAUGGUAGGGUGACAAUCAUAACCGGAGGAUCGCGAGGCAUUGGCUUAGCCUUGGCCAAAACAGCGGCUGCACUCGGUAGUGAUGUCGCUAUACUAGAUGUCCAAGAACCAGAAACGAGUGUUUCACAGCUGGAAAGGGAGUAUGGUUCGCGUUUUAUUUUUCACCGAAUGGAUGUCACCUCAAAGGUUGGCAUGAACCUUGCUUUUGAUAAAGUUGUUGAAGAACUAGGCAAGGUGGAUAACUGUGUUACAUGCGCUGGGAUUGCUCUUGACAAACCCUUUCUCGAACACACAUGGGAAGAGUCUCGUCGGAUUCUUGAUAUAAAUGUCCUUGGGUCCUUUUUCUCAGCACAGCUAGCUGCCAAGCAAAUGGUCAAGCAAGGCAAUGGCGGAUCGAUCGUUAUGAUAGCGUCCAUCGCUGCCCAUUGUGCCAUCCCAGCUCAGCGAGUUUCAAUUUAUGGUGCCUCCAAAGGCGCUAUCAAGCUUUUAGGGAAGACACUAGCAGUUGAGAUGGCCCCAUUCAACAUUCGCGUCAAUACUAUCUCCCCCGGAUUUAUUGCGACUAAAAUGUCCGCACAGUUUACCGAUCUCCAGGAGGUAUUCAAAACAACACCACCAAUGGGACGGAUUGGACAGCCUGAGGAUCUGUUACUUGCCGUAGGUUAUCUGCUAGGGGACGGGGCUUCGUAUACAACAGGUACAGAUAUUGCUGUGACUGGAGGAUUGCACAAUGGGCGCAUUGAGGUUUAA